GCUGAAUAUCGAAGACAUCCUCAGAGUGGUGGGUGAGGGCGAGGUCCAGCAGUGACAUCUGUGUGGAAAUAAGAAAAUAUUGACAACCAGAUAUGAGAGCGGGAGCACAUAACACAUGUACAAUAAAUUUAAACUUCCGAAUAGUCACGCGUAACUUUUAAAGAGUAUGUUACGUUAUUAUCCAUGAUAUAAUUCUGGACCGUAUGUAACAAAUGGAGUUUUAUGCAGUGUUCAUAUGUGUAUUAAUCAUAAAUUCUGCUUCGGCAGCUUACGAAGAUGCUCGGUGUAAAUGUGUCUGUUUACUCCCAAGCUCCUAUAUGAAUAAUACUAAAUCAUCAAAGAAGAUAUAUGUGAAAGCGAUUCCUUCUGAGAAAUGUACCUGUGAAUAUAUGUUACAAAACGAUAAAGACCUUUGUCGUUAUUGUGAAUGCAAAUUUCAGGUUAGAAAUACUGCUACCAUAAAAGUUGUUGUUUGCCUUAUUCUAACAGUCAUUACAGCCUUGGUUUUAUAUAUGCUAUUUCUCUUACUACUUGAACCAUUACUAUCUACAAGACAUUUAUCACAUAAAACAAUAAUUGAUAUGGGAAUAUGUUCAGAACCACAACAGCCAAAUAACUUUACUAUUAAUCAACACAAUAAUAAUGACAAGAUAAAUGAUGCAAGAUCAACUAAUUCAUGGGUUAAUAUAAACAUUCCCGUUAGUAGUAGUGGUCAUGGUGAUUCAGCUGUAUAUUCUAAAGCGAUUGAUAAAGCAGUUAUUUGGGAUAAAACUAAGUUGACUCCUAAACAAUUUAUGGAUUCCAAUUUGAGAAUAAUCACUCCUUCAAAUCGCUGGCGAUUGCGUAAUCGCUCUGGGCUAAUUUCAAAUGAUCAAGUUGAAGAUCCUAAUGGAUUAAAUCUUACCACAAUACCUUCUACAUCUGUUGGAGUAUCUAGUGUUGUAAAUCGUGUUCGAGAUCAACAACAGCGUUGGAAAGGAAAUGUUGAAGCACAACGUACUCGUGUCUUCAGCGAACGUAGUUUACUAAAUUAACAUGUAGUAUAACAAUUUAUUUAAAUCUUUUUUCAUCAGUGAUUUCUUUACUGACAAUAUAACAUUAAUUAGGAGUCCUGGGUAACUGGUCUGAAACCUAUAUGACUGUUGAUUUUCUCCUAUAUUGUUCAUUAAAAAAUAAAUAAUGGACUAGCUUUAGAAAGCUAAAAUAUAAUUUCUAAAUCUCAUUGGAAUACUGAACUGUGUAUAUAUACAAUAAUUUUUUGGUCAACGUUAUUUAUUUGCUUAAUUGAAACUUUUUAAUCUCAUAUACUUAACUAUUUGUUGCAUAAUCAAACUAACAACUUUUGUUCAUGAUUCGUGGACUUGACUGUAAUUCAUUAAUAUUCAUUAUUCAGUUUUAUCUUACUUUUUCAUUCAAUUGCAGUCACAAGAUGUAAAAUGCAAUUAUUUGUCACGUUAAGAUCCGGUAUUUCACAGUGCUUUGUAAAUAAAUCAAAUGAAUACAUUCUAUCUUAAGAAAUAUAUAAAUCUGUCUAGUGGUCAUAUUAAUUCGUGAUUACUGACUACCCUUAAGAACAAUACUGGGGACAAAAGCAUCGCAGAAUGUGUCAAAAUCAUAUUAUAAGUAUAAAUGGCUGAUGAUGUGUCAUACGUCUCCCGCCUAGAGGUUACGCUUACAUGAUUAUAAUGGGUGAAUACUGCUUAUGGAUUUGGUAACUGAGCACUGAAUGACUUUCAAGCCAAACAAAACUUGAAACCAAGUGUACACCAUUCUCAGCGUGCAUUCAAACAUUGAACCACUUAUAGAAAAAGUAAAUUAUUACAAUCUAGGUAAAUAUAAUAGUCAAGUCACACACAAAUCUAUUAACAGAAACUCUGAUAAGAUGCCUGAAUACGACGACCAACUUCCCGAUUUUCCACAUAAGCAAUUAGAAGAAGAAGAGAGCCCAUUUCACAGAUUUUCUGAACUGCUUAAUUCUGGAUCUGUCCUACCAUUGUGGUUGGUGAACCCAAUGUACUAUGUAUUUGAAGUGUUCGCAAGGACUGUAUCAUAUUACAUAAACUAAAUUCGAACGGAUGAAAAUAUGUUGAAUGAUAUCAAUAUGAUACACGUUGACCAAUUCAAAUAAAAUAUCAUUUUUGAAUUUAUCACCAUCAUAGUUAUUUUUUUUCUCCCAAAG